AUGUCCCUGGCGGAGCGGCGGCGGCGGCGGGAGGAGGAGGAGGAGGAGGAGGAGGAAGAGGAGGGGGAAAGGGAAGCAGGGGCUGGGGCCGGUGCGGGGGAGGAGGUGGUGCAGAUCCGGCUGGGGGACAAGCGCUACCCGGUGUGCAAGAGGAAGCUGAUCGAGCAGAGCGACUAUUUCCGAGCGCUCUACCGCUCGGGAAUGCGGGAGGCAGGGCAGGGGCAGGAGGAGCAGCUGCUGCGCGGGGGGCUGAGCGCCCUGGGGCUGGAGCUGGUGCUGGACUUCAUCAACACGUCCUGCCUGGCCAGGCUGGAGCAGGAGGAGGGCGGCGAUGAGGAGCCCCCUUUGCUGGAGGAGCUGGUGGAGGCCGCUUCCUACCUGCAGGUCACGCCCCUGCUCCGCCUGCUCCUGUCCCAGGUGAGGUUGGGCAACUGCUUCGAGCUGCACCGCCUGGCGCAGGUCUACGGCCUGCAGGACUUGCACGACGCCUGCCUGGACUUCAUGGCCACCCACUACCACCAGGUGCUGCGGAGGCCCGACGCCCGGCCGCACCUGCUGCUGCCCCCCGCUCUCCGGCAGCAGCUGAGGGAGAGGCGGAUGAGGGGCACCGCCACCCUCGUGGUCAUCGGGGACUUCAUGAGCGCCUCCUCCCCGGGCCUGCCCCAGGGCCGUCACCCCCAGGUGGAACCCCCCUGGUCUAUGCUGAGGUACGACGAGGAGGCGCAGAGGUGGCUGCCCCUGGCCAACAACCUGCCCCCCGACCUGCUGAGCGUCCGAGGCUACGGGUCGGCGACGCUGGACAAUUACCUGUUCAUCGUCGGGGGCUACAGGAUCACCAGCCACGAGAUUUCGGCCGCCCACUGUUACAACCCUUGCCUAAACGAAUGGACUCAGCUGGCUUCGAUGAACCAGAAGAGGUCCAAUUUCAAGCUUCUGGCUGUGAGUGGGAAGCUCUAUGCCAUCGGUGGGCAGUCCCUUUCCAACGUGGAGUGCUACAACCCGGAGAACGACUGGUGGAAUUUCGUGGCAUCCAUGCCCAACCCUCUUGCAGAAUUCUCAGCCUGUGAAUGCAAGGGCAAGAUCUACGUUAUUGGAGGAUACACUACACGAGACAGGAACAUGAACAUUUUGCAGUACUGCCCCACCUCUGACUCCUGGACCAACUUUGAGCUGUGCGACGUCCAUGUCCGCAAGCAGCAGAUGCUCUCUGUGGAAGAAACUAUUUACCUGGUGGGGGGUUGCAUCCUCGAACUUGGACCAAACCAGAGACCCAGCCAGAGUGAGGACGUGCUGACUGUGCAGUCUUACAACACUGCUACCAAAGAAUGGCUCUACCUCAACGAGAACUCGUCCAAAUCCGGCCUCAACCUGACUUGCACUCUCCACAACGACGGAGUCUACAUACUGAACAGGAACAUUACUCUGUCCACGGGUUUGGAGCACCGUGCUUUCCUGAAGUACAACAUAUUUACGGACAGCUGGGAGUCACUGGGACGCUUUCCGGCCUUUGGACAGAACAUCCUGAUUUGUUCGAUGUAUUUGCCUAACGUGAGAGAAGUGUGACAGCAUCAGGGCUCUCUUUUCAGUUCCUUAAUCAUUCUUUGAGGAAAUGUUAUGGCCCCCUGAAUAAUUCCAUUCUCAGAGCGCAAUGUGGUUGCACAAUGUAGGCGUAAAAUACCCAAUUCUGUUCUUCAAAAAGGUUGCAAAGUUGGAUAUUGAGAGAAACGCUUCCAGAAACAGUUUCAAGAUUUCAAUUUAAAAAUUUUACUGGUUAGUUCUGAUUAAAAUUCACCAGGUAUGAAUUGCAAUUUAAACAUUGUGUUGGUAGCUGAUACCAGAAUUCCAAGGGCAAAACCGAUCAGUCUAAUUUUAUUCUCCAUCUUAAUAGACAGUGCAGAGCAUGAGCAAGAAGUUUAUAUUUUAAACGUGGAAAUAUAUAUUUUAAAAGUGGAAACAAUUCAAUAAAGUAAAUGAUAAGUAUAAUCAAAAGCAAUGGAAAUUAUUUCUUUUAAAAUACCCCUUUUUACUCAAGCUGUGUUUUGUCAGAUGCACAGUGUUUGAAAUUGUUUAUGCUACCACAUUUUUAUCAGGGUCCCAUGAAGAAGUAAGAACUUCCUCGGAAUUAUUUGUGAUGAAAUGCUUUGCCAGGGACUGGAAGGAGUGGCCUAGAGAGGCUCGAGGUUGCUGGCUGGAUAGUGGAUGCUCCUUUAAUGGAAGUUGGCAGCAUUUAUUGCUACCAUUAAGGGAGAGGUAAAAAGGCAGUAGAGCUCCCACAAAGUCACCCUCUGGGAGCUUCACCCUUUUCCUGCCUAUUGCCUGAGAGAAUUACAGUCAGUCAUGACUGGCCCAUUUUCUUUUUGUAGCUGAGAAGUGCAUGAAUGUCUUCUGAAGGUGCUUGCCCAGGUAUGGAAUGUGUGUCCUCACAGCAAGGAGAGGAAAGAGAUCUGGGUCGCCAUGGGAAGAGCUGACCACGUUGGACGUGUGCUGAACACACUGCAGGGAUUGCUGCUUCUGCUCCAGCUGCUUCUCCACGUGAUCAGAUGAUACUUAAUGCACCUGAACAUGUUCCUGAUCAUAGAAUCAUAGACAUCCAACAGUACUGCUGUAGUAAUCUAAAUACACUGCAUUACUACAGGAUGAAAUAAAUAGAACUUUAAAAAAAAAAUUCAUUACAUGAAAGUAUGCAAUGUGUGUGGCCCUGUAGCUCAGGAAAGAAGCCAAGCCCUGCAAUGACUGUCUCAUGCCCUGUUCAUUUUCUUUCUAUAAAUUAUAUAUUUCACAUAGGGCCAUGCUGGGCCUAUGUGAAAUAUGCCCCAUGCCUCUCCUUUGGGGCAAGGAGAACGGUUUGAGAGACAUAAAUAGAGAAUAAUAAAAAAUCCUGCUCU